AUGAAUGUGCGAUUAGAGAAUCUCCAUGCAGAUACAUCAGCAGCAAACUACGUUUCGUUUUUGAGUCAGUCCCAACGUCCGAAAGGUCGUGGUUCUGACAGUGGAUCUAUCCACUCCGUAUCAAGUGUGAGAAGUGUAAUGUCUGGCAUGUCUUCCUUGUGGUCGAAUUUUGGCCUUGGAUCUGGAGGCGCUGCUGCUCGCACGGAGAAGCAGAAAGCUGCCAUUGAAGCUGACUUGAAGUACCUAUAUUCGGCAUUUACCAAAAUCCCUUGCCUUAGACUCGCCCCGGAUCGUCGCGCACGUUUGAUUGAAGGUUAUGAAGAAUUCCCGUUCGAUUCCGCCGUUCCACUGAUUGCCUUUAAAAAUAUUAGUGCUUUGGAAAUUAGUGAUAUCGACAUCCGACAGUUCUUUGGCUGGGACAAGCUAGCAGAUCAAUUGAGAUCUCUAACCGUCAAGCGGGCAGGUGUUGACGAUCUAGCUGAUCUAUUGAUCAACAUCGUGCUGGACGAUAUUGACAAAAGGAGGCGGCGGUCUUCCAAAGCACAAAUGUCACCAACUUCCACCUUCAUUCCCGCAUCAAGUCCAAGACGUAGUCCAACAAUGCCACAUGCAGAGCUCGUGAAAUCUAGUUCAGCACCUGGAUCACCGGAUGAUCGCAGUCACCUUAUCGAUACAGAAGCAAGAGGGUUAACACGUUCAGGUUCAGAUGUGGCCGAAUUUGGUAAAUCUCCAACCAAGCACGGGCAAAGACCAAGAAGCAAUUCUCCUGUCCGUCCACCAAGUUCCCGUACAGGUUCCUCGCAUGGUCAUCUCCGUGGUUCUUCGCACAAGGUUAAAAGAUCUGGUUCCGGGAGCUCGCAUUCAAGCAUGUCUGACAGCUGGCACAACCCUCGAAACAGCACCUCAAAUAUGUUGUCUAUGGGUGUUUUGCCAUCUUCAAAAUGGAGAUUUUUGAAACAUCUCAGCAUUGCAGACAAUGGUCUGACGUCUAUUACUGCAUCAAGCCUUGCCCCCUUAGCUAAUACCCUCCACUCCCUCGAUCUCUCUUCAAAUCUGUUCGCUCAGAUCCCAGAUUGCUUAGCAUCUCUUACUGCACUGCGAGCACUGAAUCUAUCUAACAACAUGAUUGAAUCCCUUCAUUCUCUUACUCGAAAUCCCCUACCUGCUAUAUCCGCUCUCAACCUAAGGUCGAACCGUCUCGUAUCGAUAGCCGGAAUUGAAAGGUUAUAUCCUUUGGAGAGACUUGAUCUCCGUGAUAACAAGGUUACUGAUCCGACAGAACUUGCCAGGUUGACAGGAAUACCAGAUAUCCGAGAGAUAUGGAUUAGUGGCAACCCAUUUACCAAAACACAUAACAACUACAGGACGACAAUCUUCAACCUAUUCAGACAAACACCAGGAUAUACCGAGGACAUUUUGAUUGAUGCUUAUGGACCAGGGUACACGGAAAGGCGGCAUUUGGUAGAACGUGUUGCAGAACGACCAGGUGUGCCUGUUGUCAAACCACCUCCUCCCGAUUAUGGACUGUCCGCUAUCGAGGUUAACAAACCAAUUAUCGAAUAUGCAGCUCCACGAGAACCUGCAGUACUCCGGAAAGAGCGACCGGUGCCUGUUGCUGCUACUAGUGAAAUCAACACUGGCUCUACAGGUCGAAGAAGAAGAACUCCAAAACGACGAAUCGUAGACUUAUCGACUUCGGAAACAUCACCGAGCAAGCAAGGAGUGGUUCACAAUGUUAUGCCAGAAGAACCAUCACCGCCUCUGCCAAGAACAGUAUCGGAUAGUAGCUACGGCAUAAGUCCUGAUUUUUCUCCUAGAACUAUUCCCACCUAUGUCCCUUUAGAACCUCGGCAGGUCCAGAGGCAACCGGACAUUCCACGCAUCGACACUUCCAUAUUACCUCGUUUACCUCCAAUGCCACCAGUAGAAACAAUACCUUACGAGACAGCGAUUAAACCACAGGCAGUCAAGACCCCGGAUACCCCCGAUUGGAACAUAAGCGGUGAGCUGUAUCGAAAAAAGAUAGAGGCUCUAAGAAAUGAUGUUGGACAAGGGUGGUUAAGUGUGUUAAGCGAAGAAGGUUGGGAGGCUCAAAAGAAAAAUCAACCCACUGGAUAUCAAACCUCCGAAUACGACACAACGGUUUCGAUGAGAUCAGGUCCUACAAUCAGGGGAGCUAGCCAACAGACGAUACAUAGUGGCCGCACCCUGGGUUGA